AUGUCGAUGGAUCAAGAUCGGGUGUGGACCCUGAAAGACCACUGGAGGGCGAUGGUCGCGAUAGUACUGGUGUCCUUGAGUUCUUUCCAGUAUGGUCUCGACUUUGGAAUCAUCGGUGGUCUCCAAGCCAUGGUUCCGUUCCUCAAGGUCUUUGGGAAAGAAGACCCCACAACCCCCUUGGGAUACAACCUCCAGACCGACCGCCAGCAACUCAUCGCGUCCCUAAUGGUGCUAGGUGCCUUCGUGUCUUCCUGUUCGGCUGGCUUCACGGCCCAGUAUGUCGGUCGCAAGAUGUCGCUGUGGAUAGCGUGUGUGGGUGUCUUCGUCUCGACGGCACUCAUGCAGGCAACCACUGUGAUAGGGGGCUUGUACGCGGGCAGAGUCAUACUCGGUCUGGCUAAUGGGCUGUUAAUGACGCAUUCUCAAUUAUAUGAUAUACACACGCAACUAACCAACACACAACAGAUCCAGGAAAGUGUUCCCGGAAAGUACAGAGGCUUAGGCAUCUCUUUCCUCACCUACUGGGUUUCCGUCGGCACCCUAAUCGGCACCAUCGUCGACAACUUCGCCGCCAAGAUCCCCAACCGCAACGCCUACAUCAUCCCCCUAGGAAUCGUGCACAUCGUCCCGGGCAUCCUCGCCAUCGGCCUCUUCUUCAUCCCGGAGUCGCCCCGCUGGCUCGCCGCCACCGGCAAAUGGGGGAAGGCGGAGCGCGCCCUCGAACGCCUGCGCCCUGACGGGUGGCCCGUCGCCCAGGAGUUCGCGGAGAUGAGGACGGCGCUCGAGGCGGAGGCUGCGCUGCAGUCGAGUAUCGGGUACCUGGAUCUCUUCAAGAACCCGAUCGACAGUCGCAGGACGACGGUUGCGGUGUGUGCGCUGACUAGUCAGGCGGCGUCGGGGUCUAUGUUUGUUAUUUCUUACGGAACCUACUUCUUCGAAAUGGCAAACGUAGGAAACGCCUUCGAGAACUCCUGCAUCCUCACCGGUGUCGGCGUAGUCGCAAUGGCUGCCACCGCCUUUACGAUCACCAAGUUCGGCCGUCGACGCGUGAUGAUGACGGUCGGGUUUACCUGCGCGGGUAUAUCUCAGCUGGUCAUAGCCAUCAUCUACACGAUCUCACCGAAUACGCAAAGUUCUGGCAAAGCGUUGGUGGGCAUGAGUAUAUUGUAUAUUGCUGCUUGUUCCAUGAUCGCCCCGUACGCAUGGCUUAGUGGUGGCGAGCUCUCCUCGCAACGUCUGCGUUCGCAUACGUUCGGUCUAGCUACCGGAAUUGGAUUCUUCUUUGCGUGGCUUACCACUUUCACCGCCCCCUACUUCAUCAACCCCGAGUCUCUGAACUGGGGCCCUAAGUACGGCUACAUAUGGACCGGCUGCUGCGCGAUCGCAGGUCUCUGGAUCUUUUUCUUCCUGCCCGAGGUCAAGGAUCGGACUUUGGAGGAGAUUGAUGAGAUGUUCGAAGCCCAAAUCCCCGCUCGCGGCUUCCGCCACUACCGCUGCACUGGCACUCACAUUGCGCUUGAGAAGGCCAAGGCAGAGCAUAUUGCAGAGCAUAUUGAGCAUGCUGAGCGAGGAGAGGGAAAGAUGUGAGAAGAUAACUAGUGCCUACAACACAACUACUCGUGCCUAUCUGCGUGGGUAGGUACGUACGUACGUACGUAUCUAACCUACCAAGGUAAGUAAGUACAUAGGGGGUCUGGCCGUAAACCACGCCAGCGAACUGUGGUUCAUUCGUGAGUAAGUGCGGGAAAGGAGGAAAGGAUUCGAAAGCAUGUUGGCACUCUUUUAUAUUUACCUAGGUACUUACCUAGGCAGACAGAUACCCAUAUAAGAACAGUCCUUUACAGCUACUAGCCUAACCUCCAUGAGACAAGAUUAUAAGUAACAUUUAACUACCACGAAAACA